AUGAAUGUGAUCCAUGAUAUGAACGCGAUUUACAGUAUGAAUGUGAUCCAUGAUAUGAGCAUGAUCCAUAAUAUGGGCCUGAUUCUUAAUAUGAAUGUGAUCCAUAAUAUGAACGUGAUUUACAGUAUGAAUGUGAUCCAUGAUAUGAGCAUGAUCCAUGAUAUGGGCGUGAUUCACAAUAUGAAUGUGAUCCAUAAUAUGGGCGUGAUUCUUAAUAUGAAUGUGAUCCAUGAUAUGAACGUGAUUUACAGUAUGAAUGUGAUCCAUGAUAUGAGCAUGAUCCAUGAUAUGGGCGUGAUUCACAAUAUGAAUGUGAUCCAUAAUAUUGGCGUGAUUCACAAUGUGAAUGUGAUCCAUGAUAUGAACGUGAUUUACAGUAUGAAUGUGAUCCAUGAUAUGGGCAUGAUCCAUGAUAUGGAUUAUCUCUAUGGUCUAGCUGGAAAUUCACCCCUCAUAUUUUGA